AUGUCCCCAGUGUGCUUCGCCAGCUCUAGAGGCGGAAUUUAUACUUCAUUCCUCAUUUCAACUCUAUUAUCUUCGGUGCUGGCCGGUUCCAACUGUCCACCCUGUUUCAACUGUCUCCUCCCAGCAUUUACGUGCGGACAAUACGGAAAAUGUGAUACUUAUGACGGACAAUGUCAUUGUCCUGCAGGGUGGGGUGGCAUCGACUGUCUCACGCCGCAAUGCGACUCACUUGCUGAUGGAGAACAUCGAAGAAUGUGGAAGGAUGAUGAGGAAUGUCCAUGUAAGGAUGGAUGGGGCGGUAUAAACUGUAACGUCUGUGAGACCGACGCUGCAUGCGCAAACUUCCCUCUUCCUGGCGCCAACUCUUCGGUUCCAGGAGGUGAAGGACCUUUGAAUAUGACAUGUUACAAAGGUGGAGAUACUGUCUUUACUAGCUAUCAGAUGUGUGAUGUUACCAAUCCGGGAAUUAUUGCACUGCUUCCUGAUCGACCGCCGCAGAUCACAUUUACCUGCGACAAUGCUGAAGACACUUGUCUAUUCCAGUUCUGGGUGGACCGGAAGGAAUCGUUCUAUUGUGGUCUCGAUACGUGCAAACAACGAAAGCAGCAAACUUAUGAUGCAAAUGCAACAAUAGUAGAGUGUGAGAAUAUCAGGUGUAGCUGUAUUCCUGGUCGGUUCAUUUGUGGUGAGAAUGGCAGUGUCGACAUCACAGAUUUCCUCGAUACAAAGAUCAAAGGCCCGGCAAAGUACUCUUGCAAGACAGAUUCAGGCUGCAAGUUUGAGGAACCAGGAAUGAACGAACUUAUUGACACCAUUUUUGGUGAUGUUUAUAUUACACUCGAGUGCGAAAGUGGCGAGUGUCUACACUUUUCACAAGUUCCUGGAUACGUUGGCAUUCCUAAACCUGAUAACACGCGUUGGGUAGCACUUAGCGCUUCAGGUGCUAUCCUGAUCGUGUUUUCGGCAUUCCUUCUCUUAUGGUACGUUGGUCACGAUCGCAAGCACCUUGGGGAAAUCCGUCUCCCAGAGCACGAGGCAUUCAGGCUCAUGCACGACCAUGUCCCCGCUACUCUUCACUUCUCCGACAUCUCUUACAGUCUGGGCUCACGUACAAUCCUCUCUGGUAUCACCGGCUGUGUGAAACCGGGACAAGUAAUGGCAAUAAUGGGUGCCUCUGGUGCCGGCAAGACGACAUUCUUAGACAUCCUCGCGCGGAGAUCUAAGAAAGGUGACGUUGGCGGCUCGAUUCUGGUGAACGGCCGUGAAGUUACAGAUAGCGAGUUUAAGCGCUUUGUCGGCUUCGUAGACCAAGAAGACACUCUCAUGAGUACACUAACCGUGUACGAGACUGUUCUGUAUUCAGCAUUGCUACGACUUCCCCGCGACAUGAGCUUGCAGGCGAAAAAGUACCGUACGCUGGAAACUAUGAACGAACUCGGUAUCCUCGGGAUUCGCGAUAUGCGUAUAGGCGAUUCUAGCCACCGUUCGAUAUCUGGAGGAGAGAAACGCCGUGUUUCUAUCGCUUGUGAACUUGUGACCAGUCCUUCUAUUUUGUUCCUAGAUGAACCUACGAGUGGUUUGGAUGCAUACAACGCUUUUAAUGUUAUAGACAGCUUGGUCUCCCUAGCGCGUAAUUACAACAGAACGGUUGUCUUCACGAUCCAUCAACCGCGGAGCAACAUCGUCGCAUUGUUUGAUCAGCUUCUUUUGCUUGCUCAGGGAAGGAUGGUUUAUUCCGGAGAUGUAUCAAGGUGCCAUGAGUUCCUUGCCGAUACUGGUCGUUCAUGUCCACCAGGCUUCAAUUUAGCCGAUUAUUUAAUUGAUUUAACUAGCGACGUUAACGUAGAAUCACGCUCGCGAGACGAGGCUUCUAUUGAGCCGGCCGAAGCGGUUCCGGAACGUCCCUCGAAUCUCUCUGAUGAAGAGCGCGGUUUCGCCCGAUCUGGAAAUGGAUUGUCCGUGCAUUCGCCUUUCUCCAGUGGGGACGACACGGAAUCUACGAGGGCAGAUGAGGCAGAAGAGACGGAACUGCAGUCUCGCCGCGGAUCCGUCACAUCCGAGUCUUCGCACUUUGUUAAACGCAAGACUUCACAGCUCCUUGAUGCUAUCAGGGGUAGGAAUGGCAGGGAGGAGAAUCCUCUGUCCCCACAAGUUCAAUCUCUCGUCGACGCGUAUGCCAGAAGUGAUAUUGCCUCCGGCAUCCGAGCCGAGAUUGAGUCCAUCGCAAACCGCAAUCCUAAUGAAGAGCUUCCCAAUGUUGCUGAGGAAGAUCGUUUAUUACGGGGUCGACGAGGAGCUAGUUGGCUUACACAGUUCCGCAUCUUGAGCGGCCGAGCAUUCAAGAAUUUAUAUCGUGAUCCAGCUCUCUUAAUGGCACACUAUUUGUCUUCUAUCGUCCUAGCCCUCAUUUGUGGCUUCUUCUUCCGCUCUGUCAGGAAUGACAUCGGUGGCUUCCAGAACAGAUUAGGCAUAUUCUUCUUUUCCUUGUCCCUCUUUGGAUUCUCGUGCCUAUCUGUUAUCGGUCUGUUCGCUAGCGAGCGGCUGCUUUACAUGCGUGAAAGAGCAAACGGAUACUAUUCGUCAUUUACGUAUUUCGCGUCGAAGGUUCUUUUUGAUAUUUUGCCUCUACGGGUGGUGCCGCCACUUGUAUUUGGUGCAAUCUUGUACCGCGUCGUCGGUCUCGUGCCAGAGGUUUCAACGUUCUGGAAGUUCUUGCUCGUCCUCGUCUUAUUCAAUCUUGCAACUGCAAGCGCGGUUCUGCUCAUCUCUGUUGCGUUCGCGAACACGAGCGUGGCAAGCCUCGUGGGCACUCUUGUGAUGCUAUUCAACCUGCUAUUCGCCGGUCUGCUCAUUAACCGCGAGUCACUUGGAAAAGCGUCGUGGCUGACUACGAUCUCAUUCUUCCACGCCGGAUUCGAGGCACUGGCGGUAAACGAGCUCCGGUACCUCCAGUUGAAAGAGAACCGGUAUGGCGUGGAAAUUGACCUUCCGGCCGCGACGAUUCUGAACAUCUUUGGACUUCGUGCACAGUCGUUCUGGUGGCCGAACGUUGGCCUGUUGGGGAUUUUCUUUGGAAGCUUCACGGUACUGACGUGGGUAAUAUUACACUAUUAUGUACGUGAGCAGCGGUAG